CCGAUGCAAUCCACAUCCUAAUCUGUGCACAUGUCGACGCCCCCCAGCGACUCCGACAAUCCGCCCCCGCCGUUGCGGACGCCGUCCAUUUCCAAGCUGAGGAAAAUCCCUCCGAUUCCCUCCAGGCAGAAAACCUUUGGCGAUGGAGACGAGGGUUUUGAUUUUGGGGCCGUUAACGACGCGGAUGCCGCCGAUUCCAACCUAAUUGGCCCCUCCAUGCUAGGCCUCAAUCAGAUCAGGACACGCUCCGCGCCUCUGCCUCUCGAUCAGGUUAUUGCCCUCGGCGCGCCUCAGAAUUUCGAGGAUUUGGAGGGCCCAGGGAAUGAUGUCGACGACCCCAGGCCAAAUCUAUCCGGUGACGCUCAACAAUCGGCCGCUACUUCUAUGGAGCGAGGCAAAAGGGUUCAUUGGAGUCAUUCAAAAUCACUAAAAGUCCUAUCCCCUAGAAGAUCCGGGCUAGAGGGUUAUCAUGCAGCUUUUUCCAAGGAGAUGCAGUCUCCACGUUUCCAGGCGAUUCUGCGAUUAACUAGCGGCCGUAAGAAAAGAGCACCAGACAUUAAGAGCUUCUCACAUGAGCUUGACUCCAAAGGUGUCCGACCACUUCCAUUUUGGAAAUCUCGCACCAUCGGUCGCAUGGAAGAAAUCAUGGUAAUGAUACGAGUAAAAUUUGACAAAUUGAAAGUUGAAGUUGAUGCUGACUUGGGCAUUUUUGCUGGAGAUUUGGUUGGUGUACUUGAGAAGACUUCACGAUCUCAUCCGGAUUGCAAAUGUUUCGAAGAUUUGCUUGUUAUAGCCAGGCAAUGUUCAAAGAUGUCGCCUGAUGAGUUUUGGAUAAAGUGCGAGGGCAUUGUACAGAUUUUGGAUGAUCGGCGUCAAGAGUUACCUACAGGUACACUGAAGCAAGUGCAUACACGCCUCUUAUUUAUCCUUUCUCGUUGCACUCGGCUUGUUCAUUUCCAAAAAGAAAUUGGUUAUGAUGACGAUUAUGUAACCACACACCAGCUCAGUGACCUUGGUGUAUACCCCGAGCGCCUUCGUGCGUCAUCAACGGGUAUCAAGGGAAGUCUAGAGAAGCAAUGUUAUAAGGUGAUAGGACAGAAACAACCCAAUCUAAACAAUGCAACUGAAGAAGUUAGCACUGCAAAGAGUGUUGUUUCAUCUCCAGGAAGCUUUAGGAUGGCAUCCUGGAAAAAACUUCCAUCUAUUGCUGAAAAGAAUAGGAGAGGACGCGGUGAGUCUCCUAGCAAGGAUAACCCAGAAGUAUUGCAACCUAUAAAGGAAACAAACGAUCUUAAAACUACAGAAACUGCAGUAGUCCCUCAGGUAGAACAAGCUGCAGAAACCUUGAAAUCACAAGGAGUGGGUUGGGGAGUUUGGGACCAACACCAGAUGGCAUAUGAGGAUUCUCUGAUCUGUCGAAUAUGUGAAGUUGAAAUACCUACUGUCCAUGUUGAGCAGCACUCAAGAAUUUGCACUAUUGCUGAUAGAUGUGACUUAAAGGGUUUAACAGCAAAUGAACGUCUUGAAAGAGUUUCUGAAACUCUUGAAAAAGUUCUCGAGUCGUGGACUCCAAAAGGAUUUGGAAGUCCUGAAAUUUUGAGAGAGUCUGCAUCAUGUUCACAAGAAGACUUGGAUGGUUUGUCACCAAAAGUGAACAGAGUGUCUUGCCACUGUCCUGAUGACAUGAUGGAUUACCUUAAUGUGGCUGAAAGCUCUUUUACUGUGGAUGAUCUUAACAUUUCACCAAACAUGUCAUGUGAUGCACGACCACUAACACCAGAUCAAAGCAAGAAAGCAUUAUCCGCUGGGAGCUUAACCCCUCGUUCACCUUUAGUAACUCCCAGAAUGACUCAGAUUGAGGUUCUUCUCAGUGGGCGUAGAACAAUAUCUGAACUAGAGAGUUAUCAGCAGAUACGUAAGCUGCUGGAUCUUGCUAGAUCUGUAGUAAAUGUUAACAAGACUGACUACAGUACAUUGGAGUUCAUGCUUGACAAAUUGGAUGACCUCAAAUAUGUCAUCCAUGAUAGGAAAGUGGAUGCACUUAUUGUUGAGACAUUUGGGAGGCGCAUUGAGAAACUAAUACAGGAGAAAUAUGUAUCCCUAUGUGGGCAGAUUGAUGAUGAAAAGGCAUUCCUACAAAAUACUAUGGCAGAUGAGGAUAGCUCAACAGAAGAAGAGACAUCACGUAGUUUACGUGCAAGCCCAAUUAAUCCAUGCACCAAGGAUCGAACAUCCAUUGAGGAUUUUGAAAUAAUUAAACCUAUAAGCAGAGGUGCUUUUGGAAGAGUUUUUCUGGCAAGAAAAAGGGCAACUGGUGACUUAUUUGCAAUAAAGGUUUUGAAGAAGGCUGACAUGAUCCGCAAAAAUGCAGUGGAAAGUAUAUUAGCUGAAAGGGAUAUUUUAAUAUCCGUUCGCAAUCCUUUUGUGGUCCGAUUUUUCUAUUCUUUCACAUGUAGGGAAAAUCUUUAUCUUGUGAUGGAGUACUUAAAUGGAGGAGAUCUUUUCUCCUUGCUAAGAAAUCUAGGUUGCUUGGAGGAAGAUAUUGCACGAGUAUAUAUAGCAGAAGUAGUGCUUGCUUUGGAGUAUCUGCACUCCUUAAAUGUUAUUCAUAGAGAUUUGAAGCCAGAUAACCUCUUGAUAGGUCCCGAUGGUCACAUCAAGUUGACAGAUUUUGGGCUAUCCAAAGUUGGUCUCAUUAAUAGCACUGAGGACUUAUCUGGACCUUCUGCUUUUCUUGGAGAUGAUAAACCCAAAAAUGCAGCACACUCAUCACAGAAAAGAGAACAGAGGAAAAAACAUUCAGUUGUUGGCACUCCUGACUAUUUGGCACCAGAGAUACUUCUGGGCAUGGGACAUGGUGCAACAGCUGAUUGGUGGUCUGUGGGAGUCAUCCUCUUUGAGCUCCUAGUAGGUCUUCCACCUUUUAAUGCAGAACAUCCACAGCAAAUUUUCAACAAUAUCAUAAAUAGGGACAUCACGUGGCCUAAGGUGCCAGAAGAGUUGAGUUUUGAAGCUUAUGAUCUUCUUAACAAAUUGUUGAUAGAAAACCCUGUUCAGAGACUAGGUUCAACUGGAGCUGCAGAGGUUAAGCGGCAUUCCUUUUUUAAGGAUAUUAAUUGGGGCACUCUUGCAAGGCAGAAGGCUGCAUUUAUACCUUCGGCUGAUUUACACGACACAAGUUAUUUUAUGAGUCGUUAUAUAUGGAAUCUGGAAGAGGAAAAUGCGGCUAAUGGAGGUAGUGAUUGUGAUGACAUGACAGACACGGGCAGUGGAUCCCGCAGCAGCAGCUCAUAUCUACAGGAUGAAGAUGGAGAUGAAUGUGGAAAUUUAGCUGAUUUUGGUGCUCCGGCUCUUGAAAUGAAGUACUCUUUCAGCAAUUUUUCGUUUAAGAACUUGUCGCAGCUAGCCUCGAUUAACUAUGAUUUGGUAACAAAGAACAAAGAGUCAGGCUGAGCAGCAACCAUUCAUUCCAAGAGAUUGGUAUGGGCAGAGUCGCCUGCUGUUGUUGCAGUGAGGAUGAAAAGUUGCUAAAACAGACUUGGUUGCCAGGUGACAUGUAAGACUUACUCAAGCACACUGUUAGCAAGCUGGACAUAAUAGAAUGCGGAUGAAGAAUUGUAGGGACAGCUUACCUCUUAGUUGAACUAAAUUUCGAUCUGUAUAUAUACAUACACAUAUUAGUUUAGGGGUAGAGAAUGUUCUUAAUGAUUCUAACUCCAUGUGUUCAUUGAAGAUCUUUUUAAAUUUAUA